AAAAAAAAAAAAAAACAAACGGAACGGGAACGUUAUCACUCGCGCGACACUAUUUUGUUCGUACAAAUAUGCCUCGAUUAGCGAUACGAAAUCGACAAUUAAUUUACAUGUAAUUACAGAAUGUUGAGAAAAUUCAUUGCCGUGUGUGUAACAGCGCGUAAAACGCGAACUUGAGAAUAAAAACAAAGUUUGAUACGGUUCGCGGUACGUCGCAUAAUAUAUUAUUCAAUUAGAGUAAUAAUUCUCUUUAACACAGACGUAAGAAGAAGCUUCAGCUGUGUUGCGCGAAUAUAUACACACACACACACGCGCGCGCGCGCGCGCUCGCGCGUUUAGGCCAAUCACGCGACGUUCGAUUUUCCACACGAGCGCGAUUCCACACCAGCACAUGCUGGCUUCACUGCUGUCGCAUUUUGAUCACCUGAUGCAGGUGUUUUCGUUGACGAGGUAUGUGCGACUGACACACGUUGAGUUGCGGCGACGACAAACCGAGUUUACGACAAGACGCACGUCAUGAAGAUAUCGCGGACGAUUUAACGGCAAUAUAUUGCCGGAGAAUGUGCCAUGUCGGUCUCGGAUCCUCUCAUCAAAGAGCUGAAAGGAUGGACUCGAAAGUUGAUGGAACACGCUAAACAGAUCACUGAUGAAAACGAGAACCUACAUCACUUUUGCAAGAGCUUAGAAAAUUGCUUCCAAAAGGGUUUAUUGCCUUAUUUUGAUAAUAACGUUGGAUACCUAAAGAUAGCUUGCGCAUGGAACUGGUUGGAACACAUAGUUGCAAGAAAUUACAGUUCUUAUAACACGUUGUCAUUGGUGGUUGAGCAGGUAAAGGAAAAUCCAAAAGUACAGACAUCCAUCGGACGACUUCGUCUUUUGAUAAGAAUAUGUCUGGUACGAAAAUGCCUUCACAUGCCGGUCGAAUUAUUGGCCAGAAUGCCAACUCUAACUGCCGAGUUUUACGAAUUGAAGAGCAUCUUGGGAGAUGACAUUCUGCGAGAGAUACUGUUGUCCGUGCUGUUGCAGUGCGGCAAGUUCAACUUCAAGCUGAAUUUGAGAAACGCAGCUUUCCUGGACGACACCUGGCAAAUGCCCAGGUGCGUGGCUUUAGAACUGGUGCCUUGCAAGAACUUAGGCAUCUCUGUGUGUUUCACAAACGAAAAGGCACUAAUCGUAAACGUCAACGAGAGAUCGGUGGCCGCUGAAGACAAUAAAGUCGAGAUCGGAGAUGUACUCGAUGAGAUAAACGGGAAUGUCAUCAACGGGAGCAGUAAGGGAAAGCUAAGUAAAAUUAUGAAGAAGGCGAGCGGACAACCAGUGAUGCUACACAUCGUCAAGCAUCGUAGCAAAAACUCUCGCGAACUCUAUCCACCGAUUGCGGACCUUGUCAAAAGUUCAGGUGUCGAGAACGUGAAGUGUUUGUUGUCGCAAUUAGACCAAGUGGAAGCCACUAAAAAAGAAGACCAUAUCUCUAGAUUAACGAACAAACCAUCGACCGGUGGAUUUUCUGUCAAGUAUUGCGGCUCGGUCCACGUUGGUGCGGAAGGCAACGUUAAGCAGAUCGAAAAGGCAAUGUGGCGUUUAUUGAAAUCGGACGAAGUGAAACAAGUACCUGUGAGAUUUGAAUGUCUAGAAAUAGGAAUUAAAGUAACUCGAGAGACGGACAAUCAGGUAAUAUUCAAGCAAAGCUACAUGGAAAUCUCAUCGUGCGGCCGUACCAACAACAUUCCGGAUUACUUCGCAUUUAUCGCAGGGGAAACAAAUUGCAACGUGGCGAAAAAGUUUGACGCUUACAUUUUUUAUCAUCGGAACGAAACAGAGGUUCAACAAAUAUUGCUGAGUCUGGUACAAGGAUUUCAGCGUACACAUUUUGCAGUAUAAAAAAGAAGUUACUUCAAAUAUCAAAUAUAUAUCUGUUGGAUGUUUAUUAUAUAGCUUUAUCAAAUUUAUAGAGAAGAGAAAAAUACAAUUUAUUCUUACCUUUGUGUAUUUUUCUUAUGGUUGUUAAGAUCUUUUGAUUUCGUGUGAUAGGACUGCCCUUCUAAAAAUAAACCAACACAAAAUUACAAAAAAUCGUAGUUUUGUUCUAGUCUAUGCAUAUAUUUGUUAAG